GUAGAAGACGGAAGCAGAUCGGUCGCGGUUUGUGAGUGAUUCAAUUACAACAAAUGGUGUGUUACAAAAAAAAUAAACAUACGUUUUAACCAGUAUUUAGGCUAGAUAGUAACAUUGUGCAACAAACGUUAUACAGUAUCACAGAUCAGUCACAUAUGAUAGUUUCUGGAUAUUUUUGGGACAGUGAAGAGCGCAUGCCUCCACGGCCACAAGGUGUUUCUGUCCAGGUGGAGCAUCUGAAAAUUAGCCAUCUUCACUGUUGCAAUCAGAACUGAGGUGAUCUGCGGAAGUCCAUAUGUCGUCAUCAUUUACCUGCUUAUUCUGUCAAUAGUUGUAGUAGGUACCAUGUCAGACUUCACCAUCGAUAUCCAGCUGACAGAACUAGGGUUCCCUGACAUAUUGCAGCCCAGAGAAACAACCUGUGUGAAGGAAACACCAUCGCCUUCAGCCUCUAACAAUAUCUCCCCUUUAUCCCUGGCUAACCUCCAAACCCCCAGUUCCUCGCCGCCUCCUGCUGCACUCACCCCCACAGCUGUGGUCCCAGAACUGGUCGGUGUAGAUCAGCUGGUUUCUGUAGACUCACAGACUGCUUCUACAGUUCAGCAGGUUGCCUCACAGACUGGCACUCAUAUUACAGUAACCCCAAAUCCCUCUGGGCCCCCUGAGACACUGACAAUACUCUGCCCACCCCCUCCUUCUACACACAAACCUGUGGUAGUGCCACACACUUCACGGCCUGUUAGUCCCAUAUUGCUACCCAAGAGUUUAGUAAGUGGUCAAAGCAAGACCCUUCACCAAAACCCCCAAAUAACUAAAACUGUCCUGAUAUCUGUGUCUCGUAUUGGAGCUGGUACUGUGUUGACGUCUGUACCAGCUACUUCCACUCCCCCUGUUGAACACUUAAGAACCAUUAAGAAUGAUUCCGAGUUGCCACUGGCAGACCAGACUGCAAUGUUUCAGACCACUCCAAAACCUGUAAACACAGGGAAGCCAGGAAGGGCAGUUGCUGAUAAAGCUGAGGAAGAAGAACCAGGGGAAAAAAUUGGAGGAGGGAAAGGUGUUUUCGAUGAUGGGAAAGUGCAAGAACCGAAAGAGAAAGAAGCAGAAGUUGCAAAGAGUUUAGAGGAGGAUUCUGAGGAAACAGAUGACAGUGAGGUUUCUGAGAAUGAGGAUGAUGACGAAGAGGAAGAGGAGGAUGAGGAACUGGACCCAGAAGCAGAGCCUGGAGGUUCAGGCGAACACCGCUGUAGCGUCUGUGAUCUGGUCCUUUCCUCCAGCUUCCAGCUCCAGGAGCACAUGAACCUGCACACAGGGGCACGCCCCUACUGCUGUGCCGAGUGUGGCAAGCGCUUCUGUCAGCUGGCCAACUACCGCUCCCACCUGCGUACGCACGCCCAGCCCCAGACCUCAGUCCCACCCGUACAGCUCCGCUGCCGUGUUUGCCUGAAGGGCUUCGAUUCUGAGCAGGGUUUGAAGGACCACCUAGCCAAGUCCCACUUUGAGAAGGAGUUCUAUGAGUGUGACGCAUGCAAGCGCAUCUUCACCUGCCUGACCAAGUGUGAGGAGCACCUGGAGGAGCACAAGCGCGAGCUGGCGGACCACGUGUGUCUGCAGUGCUGCCGCCGCUUCCGCCUGCGCCGCUCUCUCCGCCGCCACAAGGAGCGGGGCUGUGUCCGCAGCUAUCGCUGCACUGACUGCCCCCUGAACUUCAGCCGCAAGAAUGCCCUCCUCAAGCACAGCUUCUCCCACCUGGGCCUGCUGCCUUACACCUGCAUCCAGUGCCGUGCACAUUUCCGCCUGGCCAGGCUCUACCGUAAGCACGAGUGUGAGCCGGAGCGGCUCCACUGUGUGGCAUGCCUGGGCGUCUUUCAGAGCCACAACGACUUCCAGAGGCACAAGAGGGAGACGGGCUGCUGGGGCCAGCAGGGGACCAAGGGGGAUGAGAUCCGCUGUAUGGAGUGUGGCCAGGCCUUCUCCACGGCUGACGAGCUGAAGAAUCACGCCGGGGCCCACCAGAGGGUGAUGACCUGCUCCGAGUGCGGCAAGGGCUUCCGCUCGGCCUUGAUGCUGAUGUCACACAUGGGGGGCCACGCAGGGUCGAGGCCCUGUCUGUGUAAGAACUGUGGCCUGGGCUUCCCUCACCAGCAGGGUUACGAGAGCCACCUCAAGGACUGUGGACGCAAACCCCCUCCUGUGAUGGCUCCAAAGAAACCACGGAAGGACCCCCCUGCUGCUCCUUCCAAACCCCUACCCCAGCUCGCUCCAAGGCAUCUCCCUGCUCCUGUGAAGAAACCAGAGAGUCAAGUGUCAGCACCACUUCCUACUCUGAUGAGAAUGCCAGGCUCUGCCCCUGCCAGAGUCACUAUGGGAGUCCAUAACACCACUACUGUCCGUGUGGUGAGCCCUGACCAACCCACCAAGGGACUGUGGAAGCUCAGCCUGGACAAACAGCCUCCUCCUGGGGUGUCCUUGGUCAUGUUUGUCCCUGCCAACACCCCUCUGGCCUCUGGCCUCUCUGGCCCAUCCUCCACACCCCAGCUUCCAGCCCUCUCAGGCACCCAGUCCCAGUGGAAGGUCCUCAACCCAGCACCAAAUCCAGGAGCCCCUCCUGUGCUGUGCCAGUCCAGCUUCACCUCUGAGCCGGGCCUGAGCCUCAUAGCAGAGGCAAACCGGCGCUACUCCUCUGAUGCCCCGCUGGAUCUGGCAUUAAAGACAGCUGACUACGAACAGGAGCCUGCUAAUUUACUACCUCUUGAUCUGUCUAACAAGUCGACUUGCUCCACUCCCCCUGCUAACCUUGUAGUCAAGACUGAACCGAGAGACCCUGGGUUUGCAGAGGAAACUGAGGAAGAGGUAUUCACAAGUUUAACGGGUGAUAAAAAGGGGAUAGUCUUUCAGAGUAAGAGGGAGCCAGGGGAGGAUUCUAAAAUGGAGGCUAUGGCUCAGAAGGGGGAAAAUGGAGAAGGGAGAGGAGAUGAAGACAGGCAAAAUGACAGCAGAGAUGAUGGAAAAACUCAGUCUCAAAUGAAGAAGUCACCCAUGCCGGGAGUCCCGUCAACACUACAGCUCCUGACCGUCAAACAGAAGAACACUGCCAAAGUGGAUCCAGUGAAUCAGCUGAAAAUCGAGUCAGUCAGCUCUUUGCACUCCAAAAUGCUUCGGGGCUUAGUCCAGAUAAAGCAGGAACCACUGUUUCUAGAGCCUGACAGUGGAACACAGAGCUCAGACUUCUGUUGGUCCAGCCCGCUGACAGCAUUGAAGAGGAAGAUGGAGCCAGACGUGGGGCUGGACUUGAGAUGGGAUGGGGGCACCCCAGGCUGUGUGCUCGACUUGAGGUUGAAUGGAGGUAACCCAGCCAGUUGUGAUCUGGCGGAGAAAGCAGAGGAGAGGAACAUGGAAGGAGACCAUGUAGAGGAAGAGCUUGAUGGUGGCGAGAAGGAUGGAGCAACAGAGGAGAGGAAAGCAGAUAAGGUUGGAUCGGAGGAGAGGAAAGAGCAGAAGGAUGGAUCGGAGCAGAAGGAUGGAUCGGAGCAGAAGGAUGGAACGGAGGAGAGGAAAGAGGAGGAUGGAAUGGAGGAGAGGAAAGAGAAGGAUGGAACGGAGGAGAGGAAAGAGAAGGAUGGAACGGAGGAGAGGAAAGAGAAGGAUGGAACGGAGGAGAGGAAAGAGAAGGAUGGAACGGAGGAGAGGAAAGAGAAGGAUGGAACGGAGGAGAGGAAAGAGAAGGAUGGAACGGAGGAGAGGAAAGAGAAGGAUGGAACGGAGGAGAGGAAAGAGAAGGAUGGAACGGAGGAGAGGAAAGAGAAGGAUGGAACGGAGGAGAGGAAAGAGAAGGAUGGAACAGAGGAGAAGGAUGGAACGGAGGAGAAGAAAGGGGAGGAGGAUGGAAUGGAGGAGAGGAAAGAGAAGGAUGGAACUGAGGAGAAGAAAGGGGAGGAGGAUGGAACGGAGGAGAGGAAAGAGAAGGAUGGAAUGGAGGAGAGGAAAGAAAAGGAUGGAACAGAGGAGAGGAAAGAGAAGGAUGGAACGGAGGAGAGGAAAGAGAAGGAUGGAACGGAGGAGAAGGAUGGAUCGGAGGAGAGGAAAGAGAAGGAUGGAACGGAGGAGUCUGACACACCUGUUGAUGAACCCACAGCCCAUAACCCAGAGACACAGCUCCCCUCCUCUCUCAUCCCCUCUCCUCCCUCCUCACCACCAUGUAAAAGACGAAGGUCACUAAGGACAAGAGAAAAGCCUAGAGCCCUACACGACUGUUUAUUAUAAGGGCAGUACUUUACAGAGUAAAAAAUAAGAUUGCUGACAACAAUGUUAAUUAGGCUGCUUUUUAAUGGCCCGAGGAACAGAGGACAACAACCAAGCCUAAUGUAAAACAAUUCAUAUUAGGCCUGUUAUUAAUUCAUAAUAGCAACACAUUUUGUGAAUUAGUGGGGAUUUUGAUAAACCAUGCCACUACAUUACUUUGCCCUCGGGAUUUGGUUGCUUUCCUGUAUUCCAAUGAUUUUUUUUGUUAGACAUUGCAAGUCUUCAAUAGCUAUGUUUAAUGUACCUGCUAGUGCUUACAGAGCUAGCCAACAAUCCUGUUUGUUAGCUGCUUACUGUGUGGCAAGCGAUUGAGAUUAGGGUAAAUAGUGGCUAUUGUUUUCUAUAUUACAGUAGUUGCGUAUGCUGGCAAUAGGAUCAUGCACUUCUUCCAGUGUUACCGCACACAUUUCCAAACACUCCAUAUCUAUUUGACUAUACCAAUAUAACUUAUUUGUUAUUUUUUUGUUAUAGGUUGUCUAGUUAGUCUUCAAUUGAAUGUCAUUGUAAUUUUGUAGUUUCUAUUCAAUAUAAGCUGCUGUAUGGGACUUCAGUCACCAAGGUUUCUUAUUCAGGUACUGAUGGAGAAUGUUUGGGAGCCAGGAUUUAAUGUACUGUCAACUUUCUGAGAAAUGUUUCUCAACAGCUCGGUUUUUGUUUGAUUUGAGUUCCAUAAUGGGUAAAAUAUGCAAGAAAUAUGUGCUGUCCAAUUGUAAUGUUAAAUUGACUUGUAUAUCUUUUUCUAUCACGUUGAAUGUCUUACCCCAACUUCAACUGAAUGGUUACAGUGUUUUGUAGAGUUUUAAAACACUCUGUUCAGAAAUUGGGAUCUUAAAGGAUACAAAUAAAGAUCAACGUGUCGGAAUGGUA